CUACCACACUCGCGCCGCAAACUCGAUCGCUCUCACUCGCUCGUUUUGUCCUCCUCGUCUUCCUCCGAUUGAUUUUCUCGGGAUUGAUCGCGAAGAGAGGAAUCAGAUCUCUUCAAUGGUGGUUCCGAGCACUAUGAAUGCUUCGUCGUGGCCUUCGGAGGAAGAGCUUGAUGCGGUGAGGAAGAAGGUGGCGGAGAUGAGUGGACGAAAUGUAGGGGAUGUGAGAGUUGUUGCAUGCCCGUACAGGAUCUGCCCUCUCGGAGCCCACAUUGAUCAUCAGGGUGGAAUUGUUGCAGCUAUGACUAUUAAUUACGGAGUUCUGUUGGGAUUUGUCCCUUCUGAUGAGACAGAGGUUCUAUUACAGUCUGGACAAUUUGCAGGGGAUGUGAAGUUCAGCACCUGUGAGUUGCAAGACCCAAUCAAAAAUCCUGAAAAUAUAAGCUGGGAGAGUUACGCUAGAGGUGCUCUUUAUGCAUUGCAAAAUGGAGGAUAUGAUAUCAAAAAGGGUAUUAUUGGCUUCAUUUGUGGGGUGGAGGGACUUGAUAGUUCAGGGCUUAGCUCGUCAGCAGCGGUUGGAAUAGCCUAUCUAUUGGCUCUGGAAAAUGCAAAUAAUUUGACCAUAAGUCCCUUGGAUAAUAUCAAUUUGGACAAGAUGAUCGAAAAUAAGUACUUGGGCCUUGGAAAUGGUAUUCUGGAUCCAUCAGCUAUUUUGCUCUCACGGUCUGGUUAUCUUACUUUUAUGGACUGCAAGACUAUAACGCCCUCCUAUGUUUACUUCUCGGAGUUGAAUAAAAGUCGGCAACCCGAGGGAGGACAACUAGCUUUCAAAAUUUUGUUGGCAUUUUCGGGGCUUCAGCACAAUCUACCCAAGAAGCGGGGUUAUAACACUCGAGUUUCUGAGUGUAAAGAGGCUGCCUGUGCUCUUUUAUUUGCUUCGGGCAAUGCAAAUAUGGAACCUCUACUUUGUAAUGUUGAUCCAAGUUCAUUUGAGGCUUAUAAGGGUACAUUAGAUGUAAACCUGGCUAAAAGAGCAGAGCACUACUUCUCUGAAUCUAAGCGAGUUGCAAAAGGACGUGAUGCAUGGGCUCGUGGAAAUCUGGAAGAUUUUGGACAGCUGAUCUCAGCUUCCGGCCGUAGUUCCAUAGAUAACUAUGAAUGUGGGAGUAAGGAGAUGAUACAGCUCUAUGAAAUUCUCUUAAAGGCUCCGGGGGUCUUCGGUGCUCGAUUCAGCGGUGCUGGAUUCAGGGGAUGUUGUCUUGCUAUAGUUAAUCCCAAUCGAGCUGAGGAAGCCGCUGCUUAUGUCAAGGAGGAAUACAAGAAGGUUCAACCGGAUUUGGUAUCCCAAAUCCCAUGCGACAAGUGCGUAUUGAUUUGCGAACCCGGAGACUCUGCUCUAAUAAUAUCGGCUGAUCUUAUGUGAAAUGGUAAUAUCCUCUCCUUCCAACCCCCUCUUCGUAUUUGUUUUUUGGGGCUCCUUUGUAGUGCAGUUCUGUGGUGACUGUAAAAAGAUAAGAGAGCCUUUCUCGGCGUGCAUUGAUGUUAGAUUCAUUCUUUUCAUUCUUCGGACUAUUCUUUGUGUAUAGCAUGUAUGACCUUUAUCUGUCCACUUACAUUUGCAUAUAUGCAGUAAUAAUAUGUUAGUACGGCAUUUAUGACCAAUGCUAUUUGAAUUUGAUUUGUCUCAAUGAUUCAUUUGAA